GCAAACAUUUCAAAGUGUUGAAAACAAAAAUUUGCCAAGCAAAGUUAACUGAUAAGAAGCUGUCUUAUCAAAAAGAAAGAAUUCGUGCAAAAGCUUAAAAGCUAAAAAGAAUUUCUUAAGCUGAAUGUGAGAAAAGUGUGCAAAAUAAUCAAAUAAAAUAUAAUAAUAAUUAAUACCCGCAAUACCUGGAUCUAGCAUAGUCGCGCGAUGAAGAAGCCAAAAUAAUUAACCAAGAAUCAAAGUCAAAGGCCAAAUAGCAGAAGGGAGCGGGACAGCGCAUACGGAUAACCCGUUUUCGGGUUGCAAUACAAAAAUAAAAAAAAAUAUAAAGAAAAGCCAUAAAAAAGACUGAGCGAACGGAAGUGAGCAAUUGGCCGACAGUCAUGACGACGUCGCUGCACCAGAAGCGUCCCAGCUUCAGCAACUGGUUCAGCUCGCUGCGCCGCCAGCCGAAGAGCAAGAAGAGCGGCAGCUUUGGCAGCAAGCAGCAAUUGCAGCGCAGCUGCUUCGAUCUGAGCACCGCCAGCGUUGCCGGAGCUACAACGCCGCCAGCCGGUGGCGUUGGUGGCGUUGGUCUGCCCGGCAGUCGCAGCAGCAGCACCUUUUACAUACCAGCGCUGACGACGACGGCUGAGGAGGAUCGUCGCCGGCUCUUGGGCAAUGCCACCAGCAGCGGGGGCAGCGGCAACAGCAGCAGCACCACCAUCAGCAGCAGCGUCUGUGCGCGCUGCUUCUGCAAUCUGGGCAGCUUGGCGGGCAAAAAGGAUUCGCCCAAAGUGCAUGUGGAGCCGUUGCCAUCAACACCGACGCCCAGCUGCACGCCUCGCUCGCCCCGCUCGCCCUCGCUGUCGCCGUUCACCAGCGUGGCCAAUUACAAGGUGACCUCGUUGCGUGCCGAGAGUCCACCACCGGCGAGUCCCACGUUGAGCACCGAGACGGUCAGCUGCAGCGAUGUCAGCCGCAAGGUGGAGCUGCUGCGUCUGCCCAGCGAUGAACCACACACACAGCUCUACAACAAGCGCUCGGAGCUGACCCACACAACGACCACAACAACAACGCGCACGCUGAUCGUCUCGCGGCCCGUCGAGCUGUUGCUCAAUGAGCGGGGCGAGAUCAUCUCAAGGCGACCGCCGCAGGCACCACGCAAAUCGCGCUCCAACUCGCUUGGCUGCAUGCUGGACGUGGCCGAGGAUGGCAUCGAUAAUGUGGCACUGCAGCUGGAGCCGGAGCUGGUCGACGGGGAGACAGUCAACUCGGGGCUCAGCUCACCGCUGACACCUGAGGCGGGCGAUUUGCGCUUCAUUGAUGACAGCUCCAAUUCGCAGAGCGAAUCCGAGCGCAACUCGCUUAGCCACAACAACAACAGCAUCGCGGACAACAACAACAGCAGCAAACAGCUGAACAACAACAACAACAGCAACAAUAACAACAACAACAACCAACUGGCGAAUCUCUGCGACAGUUGCCGAACGCUCAUGGAGCGAAAUCGCAACAAUGCCGAGCAGAGCAAUGUCGUCAUACUGAGGCGUCCGCAGCAAAUCAAAGAUGAGCUGUGCGAGGUCGUUUCGGAAAUGGAAGCGCUCGAUGUGCCUGAAGACAAGCAUUCCAAUAAGGACAAACAGAUGUCAAUUGGACGCAAAAAGUUCAAUAUGGAUCCCAAGAAAGGCAUUGAGUAUCUCGUAGAGAAUCGACUGUUGCGUCACGAUCCGCAGGAUGUGGCGCAUUUCCUUUACAAGGGCGAAGGACUGAACAAAACGGCAAUAGGCGAUUACCUCGGCGAGAAAAACGAUUUCAAUGAGGAUGUGCUAAAGGCAUUUGUGGCACUGCACGAUUUCACCAAUCUGAUACUGGUGCAAGCCCUAAGGCAAUUCCUGUGGUCAUUUCGCUUGCCCGGCGAGGCCCAAAAGAUUGACCGCAUGAUGGAGACAUUCGCUCAGCGCUACUGUCAACUGAAUCCGGAUAUAUUUACCAACACGGAUACCUGCUAUGUGCUCAGCUUUGCCAUUAUAAUGCUCAAUACAUCACUGCACAAUCCAUCGGUCAAAGACAAACCAACCGUUGAGCAAUUCAUCUCGAUGAAUCGUGGCAUCAACAACGGCGGCGAUUUGCCUCGUGGACUGCUCGAGUCGCUGUACGAGUCCAUACGCACAGAGCCCUUCAAGAUACCCCAAGACGAUGGCAACGAUCUAAUGCACACCUUCUUCAAUCCCGACAAGGAGGGCUGGCUCUGGAAGCAGGGCGGCAGAUACAAAUCGUGGAAGCGACGCUGGUUUAUACUGAACGACAAUUGCCUGUACUAUUUCGAAUAUACCACAGAUAAGGAGCCGCGCGGCAUAAUACCGCUGGAGAAUAUAUCGGUGCGCGAGAUACAGGAUCGCAGCAAGCCGCAUUGCUUUGAGCUGUUUGCCACCGGCGGCGCCGAUAUCAUAAAGGCAUGCAAGACUGAUUCCGAGGGCAAGGUGGUGGAGGGCAAGCACACGGUGUAUCGAAUGUCUGCCGCAACGGAGGAGGAUCAACAGGAAUGGAUCAAGCGCCUGACGCAGUCCAUCAGCCAUAAUCCGUUCUACGAUAUUCUGGUACAAAGGAAAAAGAAGGCGCUCAGCAAGAGUUAGUAUUAGAUCGGCGCUGGACGGGCCUGCCCCCGAUGGGCAUCACUCUUGUAUUGGAUCUCAGUGGAAUAAUGCUGCGUGCGUUCCCGUCUAUGUGUUUGUGUGUGGCUUUGCCUACAAUAAUCUCGCUCUUUGCGUGUAGUACGUGUGCGUCUGAGUGUGUGUGUGUGUGUGUUUGUGUAUGUUUAUGUAUGUGUGCUAUUAAACUCCAAAUGUUGUACUAUGCCCAACGUUUUGUAUAUAAGUAUCGUAUAUAUAUAUAUACAUUUAAUUCAAUUUGUAGUCCGAUACGUUUGCCUUUGUUAUUUGAUCUAGACUCGAAAGAGACACACACAUGCCUAACUCGCACACACACACUCACAUUCACACCCCCAUCUUUGUCUCUAUUGUUGUGAUAUAACUUAUUUACAUUAAGCAAAAUUUAAAAAAAGGAAGUAAAUAUAAAAUGUUUAAUCGAAUGAAAUACAAUUUUCAAUUAGUGCAAAUUAUGUUGUAAUAAGUCUACGAAUAUAUGUCUUCAACUUAGCAUUAGUAUCUGAGAGUUGCCCUCACAUACCCCCCGUAUAAUUUACUAGCUUUAGUGCUAUGAAACAUAUCCCAGCCGCCUGCUAAAAAAUAAUUUUGCUUGGCAAUUAUUAUAAACUAUUAUCAAAAAGAUAAAAUCCAAGGCCUUUUUAAAACUUUAUUUCAAACAACGAAGAAAAAUAUGUUUAAAAUUGUUUAAAAAAAAAACAUGGUGUAAAAGACUAGAAAAUUAACAUGAACAAUACAAACAUGCAUUUCAACUAUUGAAAUAUGCCAGCUAAUAGGUUAUAUCGAUAGAGUUUAAGCUCAGUUCCAAUGUGUCAUUAGGUAAUGCUGAACUACAAAUAGUGCAAGUAAACCAAAAAAAUAAGAACAAGCCGGCGCCAAGAGGCCAACGACUGAGUAGAGUUUCGUUCUUUGUUGUAACAUAUUUCGAAAUGUUUUGUAUUGUAUUGUGUUUUGUUAAUUUGAUUAGUUAGAAACGAACCAACCGCAAAGUGUUCCUGCCAAAAAUGAGAAGAGCAAACGUUUAAUUGUAAUCAAUAAAAAAUGCAAAUAUAAAAUAACCAAUUUAAUUGUACAUUCUAUAUAAACGAAUAAGCUUCAAAGCAUAUCUCGGUAUAUCUGUGUAUUUAUGAUGUGCAUGCUCAAUCUCCAGAAAUCUGUAGCUUCUUUUGGCUAAAUUUGUUUGAACACUUUUUGAUCUAUACAAAACUAUUUUGUUUUGAUAUCAUUUAGUGUGCUUAUCAUAAUUUGAAGGGGCGCAGUUGUAAUAGCUCAAAGGAAAGAAAAACAAUUAUGGAAAUGAGAGUCCCAAAAACUUUAUGCAAUAUUAUUAAUAAACUGUACGAGUAACAACUAUACUAUUAUAUGUAAUAUAUCAGAAUAUUCUGUAAUCAUACUUAUUAACAUUUAUUACACAUUCAUAAUUCUCUGCACCACUCAUAUUAUAUUUCUUUAGUCUAACACGCAAUAAAUAAAUAAGCAGGAGAAUGAUUGUCUGUACUAUAUAUAAAAAUACAUAUACAUAUAUAUAUAUGUAUAUAUAUAUGAAAUGAUGUGCGUUUUAGCAUUAUGAAAGUAAUUCAUUUAUGAGUGUGUACAUACAUAUAUAUUCAAAUUUUGUACAUACAUAUUUAGUGCGAAUAUAAAUACAUUACCUUUUCUAAGUAUGCCAGUAGGUGUUAUAACUCGUAGCUUAAACAAGAUUUUUGUAUUGCUUUAGAGUAAAAAAAUUAUACCUAUAUAAACUAUAAAUAUAUACGUAUUCAUAAAAACAAA